AUGCUCAACCGCCUGCCAUGCACAUUUCCUGGCUGUCCGCGAACUUUUCAGGGACAACGAGGGCGCACCAAACACAUUCGCACUGUGCAUGGGACCAUAUUACCAGUCAAUGCCGAGUCGGACCGGGCAUCACCACCCAAACUUGAAGACCUGGUUGUAUCAGAGUUUGCGGAGGAUGGUUUUGAAGGAGGUUUUACCGAUUUCGAACCAUUCGUUCCAGAGCAUCAGCCACGCCGCCAGCCGAAUAUUAUCACUCACCCCCACUUACGAGGUGACCCUUGUGAUGCCAACGGAAAUUACCUACCGGCAGGAACCCCCCCUUCACCUCGAUUUGCUCAAGCGCCUGAUGAUUGGUUGCCGUUUACUGACCAGGCUCAUUUUUUACUAGCCGACUUUCUGUUCCGUAAAGUUGAAAUGUCAGCGCCGAACAUCGAUUUUUUAAUGGAACUUUGGGCAUUCAAGGCAGCAAAGUACGAAGAAGACAGUCCUUUCAAAUCACACCGCAACGUGUAUGCAACCAUUGACACCAUUCGAGCCGGAGAUGUGCCAUGGGAGUGCUUCACUGUUUCACCCCAAGAAGACCUUCCUCCCGACGCACCUGUUUGGAAGAAACAUGAAUACCAAGUCUGGUAUCGCGACCCUGACGCCGUCAUCACAAAUAUGCUCGCUAGUGCUGAUUUUGACGGGCAAUUUGACUAUGCUCCGUAUAUCCAAUACGACGAAGAUGGUCGGCGCCAAUGGAAGAACUUUAUGUCUGGCAACUAUCCCUGGCACAAAUCCGACAAAAUCCAUGCCGAAGACCUUGAUUCGUCUGAUGGUGCAAUGUAUUGCGGUAUCAUCCUCGGGAGUGACAAAACGAUGGUCUCAGUUGCCACAGGCCACAUUGAAUACCAUCCAUUGUAUCUAUCUAUCGGGAAUCCUCACAACUCCAUCCGCCAUGCCCACCAGAACGCGCGACAGCUCUUCCACUCCUCACUCGCUGCUAUUCUGCAGCCAUUGCAACAUGGGAUGACAACUCCUGUCGUGCGCCGUUGUCCAGAUGGUCACUACCGUCGUGUCAUUUACGAUCUUGGUGCUUUCAUUGCUGAUUAUCCAGAGCAAGUCAUGCUCGCUGGUAUUGUGCAAAACUGGUGUGCGAAAUGCACUGCGCUUCCUGAAGAUCUCGAUCAUAGCCCCGCCGAACGUCGUACCUGUGAAUAUACUAACAUUCUGGUCGAGAGCCUUACUUCCACCCAACUAUGGGAUCAAUAUGGAAUCGACGAUGACAUUGUUCCCUUCACGAAUGAUUUUCCUCGUGCGGAUAUUCACGAGAUGCUCGCACCAGAUCUUCUCCAUCAGGUUAUCAAAGGGUGUUUCAAAGACCAUUUGGUGACAUGGACUUGUGAAUACCUUACCGAAACUUAUGGUGAGGCUCGAGCAAAUGAAAUACUCGAUGACAUUGAUCGCCGGAUUGCAGCAGCACCUUCGUUUCCUGGUUUGCGUCGCUUCCCUCAUGGACGCCGUUUCAAACAGUGGACGGGGGAUGAUUCCAAGGCACUUAUGAAAGUGUACAUCCCCGCGAUUGUUGAUUAUGUUCCUGCGGAGCUUGUACAAUGCAUGAGUGCAUUUUUACACUUCUGUUACUUGGUCCGGCGCUCUGAGUUGAGUGAAGAGACUUUGCGAGACAUCAAAUUGGCAUUGCAACGAUUUCACGAGACACGGGAGAUCUUUCGAGACUCAGGUAUUCGCCCCAAAGGAUUCUCACUACCCCGCCAGCAUUCCUUAGUCCACUAUCUUCGGCUUAUCGAGGAAUUCGGAGCUCCCAACGGUCUAUGUUCAUCAAUCACCGAAUCUCGUCAUAUCACAGCUGUCAAGCGACCAUGGCGUCGUUCGAACAGGUUCGAGGCUCUUGGACAGAUGCUCCUCACCAACCAAAGGUUGGACAAGCUAGCUGCGGCACGAGUACAGCUGGUUGCACGUGGUAUGCUGCCUGCAGCUUAUUCUCCCCCUUCAAUGACGAACUUUCCGACUGGAUCACUGGGUGAUGAAGACAAUGGUGACGGACAUGACUUGGAUCCUACAGAUAUUGUGAAGGUCGAUAAACGAGGCUACCCACGGAAUUUACCUGACCUCGCUACUCAUAUCCAUGAGCCAAACUUGGAGCUGCUCACCCGUCACUUUCUGUUCAAUCAACUUCACAUGGCGGAUGACCUGGUUGCUCUUGAGGCAGCCGAGGAUGACUUGCCUGUCAUCCAGUCCAAGAUAUCUGUUUUUCACUCAGUGAUUGCCACAUUUUCGGCCCCUAGUGAUGUUUUGGGUACUCAUGGGAUGCACCGCGAAAUCAUUCGCUCGACACCAUCAUGGAGACGACAGUACUCACGACAUGAUUGUGUGUUUAUCGUCGCUGACGAGACGAAGUCCGGAAUGAGGGGAAUGAUUGUUGGCAGGGUCAAGUUGUUCUUUUCCUUCGUGCACAACGGAGUUACCUACCCUUGCGCUCUAGUGGACCGUUUCUCUUGUAUGGGUCGAGGGCCAGAUACCAUCACAGGAAUGUGGAAGGUAAAACCAGAGGUGACAGUUAUAGGGAGACAUCGAAUUCGCAUCCAGUCCAUCGAGCAUAUUGACACCAUUUAUCGAGCUGCACACCUCCUCCCCGUCUUUGGUGAUGGUGCACUUCCUGUAGACUUUCAUUUCGCACAUUCUCUUGAUGCCUUCAAUUCGUACUAUGUAAAUAAAUAUGCUGACCAUCACGCUAAUGAAAUUGUGUUUUGA